GCUGCUGCUCCUGCUCAGGCUAGCCAGCCAGGAAUGAUCGCCCAAAUGGCCGCUACAGCCGGUUCGGUCGCCGUAGGCUCUACCAUCGGUCAUGGACUCUCGAGCAUGCUCUUCGGUGGUCGUUCGGAGGCCGCACCCGCACCUGCUCCUGAAGCCGCGGCACCUGUCAACCAGAACAACGGGUUUGCGAGGGGAGUAAGCUGUGAGAACCAGGCGAAGGAGUUCACGCUGUGCUUGGAGAAGGCGCCAUAUGAGAGCUGCACGUACUAUCUUGAGCAGCUCAAGGCUUGCCAGGCUGCUGCUGCCCCUUACUAG